UUUGUCGAGGUGGAGAGAGAUGCAGCAGGGAGGGACCGUGCGGUUCCUCAAUCACCACCAAGGUAGCGUACGAGGAGUCGCUUUCCACCCCAAGGAUAGAUAUCUUUUUUGCUCAGGGGCGUAUGAUGGGAAAGUGAACCUCUAUACUGCACAACGAUGUGAACUUUUACAUAGCUAUGCAAUAACAACAGUCAGUUUGGCACGCAAUAUCAAUGCAGUCAGGUUUAGUAGUGAUGGUCACAGGUUAAUAUGUACCAGCACUGCACGAAGACUGACAGUGGUGGAUGUGGAAAAAGGGGACCAAAUACUUGCAUAUGAUAACUGUGCUUUCAAUGGCCGUGACAGGACGGGUCUGGCUGUGGAUCCCAUCACUCCUAACAUGGUUGUCUGCUGCUGUGUCAAUGGAAAGGGUCUUAGUCUCUUUGAUCUCAGAAUGCCAUUACCUUUGGACUUAUUGUAUGAUGUUCAUCAUGGGAUAAUCAGAGAUAUAGCAUUCUUACAUGGCAGCUGGCCCUGGGGGAGGGGAGAGAGGACACUCAUGACAGUGGCUGCAGAUGGAGUGUGUAAAGUGGUGACCCUAGAUGGCCGUACUCUCCAUGCCGUCCACACAAACCAGUCCCUGAACACAGUGGCCCCCACACCAGAGACAUAUGGCUCAGCUGUUGAUGAUGGUUUCACUAGUUUGGUGAUGCUUGGAGGAGAGAACAUCAGUGCUUACAUUCCAGAAUGUGGUGUGCAGGAAAAACUCAAGGACAAUAAACUGGACGCUCCCAUAUGGAAACUCAGGUAUACGUCUAAUGGUAGUCAGCUGUUCUCAGCGUGUGAUGAGGGGGUGGUAAGGAGGUAUAGGAGGUGGCCGGACCAUCACCAGUACCUGGGAGAGGUGUUCAGACAUAAGAAUGACAUCGAAGAUAUGGACAUAUCGCCCUAUGAUGAAUAUCUUGUGACCUCAUCGAAGGACCGCUCAGUUGGAGUGUAUAAACUUGGACCACCCAAUCAUGGAGUAUCCGAAUACUGGGAGCUCACAUGAGGGAUGGGCAGCAUUUCAUUGAAGACCCUGUGGUAUAUGACCUUUGACCAUUGUGGGAUUGCCAUGGAGCAAGUGCUGUCUUCCUCUUACAGUGAUUACACGACAUUUUGUGGCCAGUAUGUGGAUACAGGAGAAGAUUCCUUAUGAACCAUGUUACUUUAAUUCAUCUGAUCCCUUUAAUUCAUCUGCGUCAUCCUUUAAUAUAACAUAAGCAUGAUGUGUGUGUGGGGGGGGGGAGGUAAUGAUACAAAAGUUUUGGGAGAAAAGUAUCCAUUUCCAAAUGAAUUUACGAAGUGGUUAGCAUAAUGAUUAAGAGCCUAGAGAGAGAGCAGCAGAAGUGGGACCAACAUACCGGGAAGUGAUUUUUUCGGCGGAAAAAAAGAAGAAAAAAUGAUUUGCAUUUAUCUGGAAUGGCCUGUCAAAACCUGAAAUGUUAACACUCAAGUCUUAUGAUCUGAUUGUGCCUCAUAAACGUUUUGAGAACUUUCCAUGAAGUUCAGGAAGAAGAUUGCAGAGUUGUUAGACAAUUACCAUCUCCAUGGCUUCUAUAAAUCUGGGACAUCUGGGAUGCAGCAUCCACUGUUGAAAGGAUUGAUAUCUUAAAAUGGAGCCCAUUCAUACUUCAGUUAAAUGCUGCUAUAUAUUGAACUGAUACCCUUAGGUUUACUCAGAAGUUAACACAGCUUAUUAAAGCUAUAUUUUGUAGUAUUCAUUUGUUUAUUUAUUUAUUUUAUCUUUGUGAGGAGGGUAUAAAGACAUUCCACUUGACUGAAUCAAUAUGAAUAUAUUUAUAUAUUUUUACAAUGCAGUAUAUUUGCUUCAAAAUUUUUACAAAUCUUGCGAAGUUGAGGCAAACAGUUUAAAGCAAUGUCGUAGUUAAACAAAAUUAUUUCAUUUUCACAUGUAAAAUUUGGCAUUGGGCUGAUAGUUUUAGCAGAGAAUGGAUUUUUUAUCUUAAUUCAAUAGAAAAACUUCAGUUUUGAUUAAUAACUUGAAGUUUGUUUAAUUAUAAGAAUAUUAUUUUGCUAAGAAUAGCUGGAACCUGAUAGUAAUCAUUUCUGUUUACAGCAAUAUUGUGUGCAAUAAAAUCUUUUGUUCAGCUCCAGUAAGUCAAAAAAUUGAAAUCUUCCAGAUGCAAUGUUUCAAGUAUAUACAUGAAAAAAAAAUACAGGUAAUUAGUGAACAAAGUCUAGUGCUGAGGUUUUACAGAAUCAGCAUGGAUUAUUUUUGGAAAUUGUUACAAGUUCAGCAGUGAUUAUCUUCCAUUUGUGUGUGUAUAUUUUUCUUUGACAUAAAGCAGUUACCCAAACUUACAUCAGUAACAUACCAACUUAUUCCUUUCAUGUAGCUACCAUUUUUUAAAAAAAUAAAACAAAAUUCAUCCCAUGUUU